GCCGAUUAUUCCAGCGUUCCAUUUCCCAAUUCGCUCCAGCAUGGCACCACGGCGGAGCCUCCUCCUCCUUCUCCUCCUGGCGUGCGCCCUGCAGUGCGUCGUCGGCCAAGACACAACGCCCGCAACGUCGCCAGCGCCGACAAGCCCACUCGUGCCCGUCAAGACCUUGAGUACGUGCCAAGCGUGCGCCAACCUCGGCCAGUGCGACGCUGCCUACAAGGGCCUUCCGGGCAAGUACUGCGGUCCGUGGCUCUCGGGUGGCGUCAAGCAAGUGUGCUGCUGCCCGACCGCCGCCACGUGCCGCAUCCCGCUCGACGCGAGCGCUUGCGUCUGCGGCGGCAACACGUCGCCUGCGAAGACGACCUCGGGCACGCCGUUCUGGGUCUGGAUCGCGAUCGGCUUUGGCGCAAUCUUGCUCGGCUGCGCGUUUUACUACUGCUGCUGCCGCCCGACGUACACGGAAGAGGUCGUGAUCGUACAGCCCGGCUACGUCGGUCAGCCUGGCGUCAUGUACCAGCAACAGCCCCAAGUGGUGUACGCCAACGGCGGCGGGUACGGCUACGGCGGGUACGGCGGAGCCGACGUCGGCACUGGCCUGGCCGUUGGCGCCACCGCCGGUCUUGUCGGCGGUCUCGCGCUCGGCGCCGCCAUGGACGCUGGCCACGGCUACGGCGGCGGCUACGGUGGCGGCUACGGCGGUGGCGGCGACUUUACCGGCGGCGGCGGCGGCUUUGGCGGUGACUUUUAGAUAUUAUGCACAACUCACAUGUCAAUACGAAUGUCUUUGACUUCGUAUCCCGGGGCA